GUACCUCGACCUCAGGAGUCCGGAGUCGCAUACUGUCAGUCAAACGAGCUCGCAACAGCACUCAUGUCUGACAUUAACUGUGUGUGGACUGAUAAUAACUUUAAACAAUUUUCUGCAGUGCUUAUUUUAUUUGUUUAGGAAACGUCCAGGUAUUUUGAACCAGUGUUAAAGACAUGAUAAAGAAGAUAACAAUUUUUUUAUAUAUAUUUGCGGUGUUAUUAGAGUUUUUGUUUUAAUAAUUUUCUCUCAGUGGCGUUUUUAAUUUCUCGUGGGGGUGUGUCGUCAGAAGAGCGGUGAGCGUUUGUUGGAGUAUGCGAGUGUGCUCGGAUGUGUAUGAUGUCUCGUGUCGUCUUGUUUCUCACUAGAGCGCAGCCGGCGCGCAAUGGAUUUACUGGGGGAAUUGUUAUACAUCGUUUUUAACCAAUUUAUGUGCUCUGUAAAUGGAUAUUAAUAAAGCGACGAUGAUAUUCGCAACUUUUUGGAUAAUGUUGCCUUUCCUUGAUUUAAUGCACUUGUCACAUGCAGAUGUGAUCGCAAAGUCUCGUUCGGUUCGGUUGGACUGUGUUAAAGCUCAUGAACAGUGUUUGGGUAGGUACGGCUGCAGCACUAAAUACCGAACCAUGAGACAGUGUGUGGCCGGGAGUACGGGUAACUUUAGCCUACUGGCGGAACCCGAGGCACAGGACGAGUGCCGAAACGCCAUCGAGUCCAUGAAACAGAGCCCACUUUAUGACUGUAAGUGCAGGAGAGGAAUGAAGAAAGAGAAAAACUGUCUGCGCAUCUUUUGGAGUAUAUACCAGAGUUUACAAGCCAAUGAUUUGCUGGAGGACUCACCAUAUGAGUCAGUAAACAGCCGUCUGUCUGAUAUUUUUCGCCUAGCUCCUAUAUUAUCAGGUGAGGCAGCCCUUUCGAAGGACAACAACUGCCUGAACGCCGCCAAAGCUUGCAACCUGAACGACACGUGUAAGAAGUAUCGCUCGUCUUACAUCAACCCCUGCACCAGCAGAAUCUCCACAGCUGAAGUGUGUAACAAGCGCAAAUGCCACAAAGCCCUGCGGCAAUUUUUCGACAAGGUGCCACCCAAACACAGCUAUGGCAUGCUUUACUGCUCCUGCCCAUCGGGAGAUCACUCGGCCUGCUCUGAGCGUAGACGUCAGACUAUCGUGCCAGCCUGCUCCUAUGAAGACAAAGAGAAACCAAACUGUCUCUCCCUGCAAGCCUCCUGCAAGACCAACUACAUAUGCAGAUCUCGUUUAGCUGACUUUCUCACCAACUGUCAACCUGAGACUCGCUCGAUUUCAGGGUGUCUGAAGGAAAACUACGCUGACUGUCUGCUGGCAUAUUCUGGUCUUAUUGGUACCGUAAUGACUCCGAACUACCUGCGGGCACCCGGCAUCAGCGUGUCGCCCUGGUGUGACUGUAGCAGUAGCGGAAACGGCAAAGCGGAGUGUGACAAGUUUACUGAAUUCUUCACCAACAACCGUUGCCUUCGCAAUGCCAUCCAAGCAUUUGGUAAUGGCACAGAUGUUGGGGUGUGGCAACCCCAGCCACCCAUCAUGUCCACUUCACCCGACCCUUACACUCCACUGAGAGGGCGGGACAGGACAUCCAACACACUGAUUGACUCCACCCUCAACAAUGACCUGGAAACAAACGCAGACCGGCUCUACAGCUUCUGUGGAAAUCUGCAGGCUCAGAAACUAAAAAGUAAUGUGACUCUGGAUGUACUGUGUGUGAAUCCACCACUGAAUGACCCCAAUAAUUUUAAUGCCAUAUCUCAAAGCUCAACUAGCGCCGUCUGCUCAAUGGACUCGACCGUUAUUUUCCUCUGUCUGCUCUCUAUUUUUCAUCUCGGGCAGAUUGCAGCCACGCAGACAUUAUAACUGAUCACAAAUCAGACCCGCCGGACUACCGAUGCCGUUCUGUACCAUACAAUAAUGUCGUAUUUGAGUUUUUUCCACAAGUGGUGCUGUGUGCGGUCUGCUGUUUCAGUGUGAAAAUACAAUUUCCGGUCCACCUUGUUUUUCUUUCUCACUGAAUGAAUAAUGGACAGACAUGGACGUAUUAGGACAUCGGUGCAAGGAUUAUCAUUUUGAAAAUAGGUGCAGCCCAGACUCUUAUACAGUAUGCGUCGCAUCAGAAGCUUGGACUGAACUUGAAUAAGGAAGUACACAAGGACGGUGAAAUAUUGACUGCAGUAUGGCCUCUGUGUUACUGUGAUGAUGUCACACAAAACCUGCAAAGUCCAAUUUGUGCUGUAACAUUGUGUCAGGCAGCACACAUUUAUUUGAAGGCUUAUCAGCAGAACCUGCUGGACCAACAAACUCUUCAAAGUGGCAGUGCUGACCUCCAUCUUACGACAUGGGAAAAUAACAUCUGGAUAGGCAAGACGCUUUAUGACAUCAAAUCAUGAGGGGCCAAGGUGUUUUUUUAACUUUCUGUCCAGUAAAACAUGCUCUGAAGGUGAUUUUUGCCUUUCAUCCUUGUAAAUAUUAGUUACCUUUGUUUACAAUGACUUUAUUGUGUAUCUCAAAGUUCAUUUGGCCUAGUGAAGCUUUCGGCUGUCGUAUAAAAUAUGAUAUACGUUUUAUCAUUAGUGAUGAAACUCAGACUCAGAGUACGAGGGUUAAUACCGCAGUCCAGUAUAUGUAAAAUGUGCUGUAAGAAUGUUUUUGCUCUUAUUUAAAGAAAGUUCUUUACAAGUAUAACAUUUUUUAUUGUUGUUCUGGUUAGCUGUAAAAAGAAAAAAGUAUAUACAUAAAACAAUAUACGUAUUGAACAGGGAUGUACGACGUACAGGAAAAAAGAAACUUACA